UUUUUUCAAUGUAGGUACAUUCGUCCUUUCAUUCGUAUAGUUAGUUUUAUAAUAUUCUUAAUAUAUUAAAAGAAAAAAAAGUAUUUGACGUGAAAUUACAUGAAAGCAUAAAAAAAGAAAACAAUUGAAACAUCAUGACAAUAAUAACAGUUUUAAGUCGGUCUAUAAAUUUGAGCCGAUUAUCGCAAUUGAAUAUAUAUAGUUCCAAGCAAAAUGUACGAUUUUGGUCAACUCAUGCAAAAUUUGCGGAGCAUAAAUCUAUCGAAAAAAUUAGAAAUAUUGGUAUAUCUGCUCACAUAGAUUCUGGCAAAACGACAUUGACAGAACGUAUAUUAUAUUAUACUGGACGUAUAGAAGAAAUGCACGAAGUAAAAGGUAAGGAUAAUGUUGGUGCUACAAUGGACAGUAUGGAAUUAGAAAGACAAAGAGGAAUAACUAUUCAAUCUGCUGCAACUUAUACAUUAUGGCAGGAUCAUAAUAUUAAUAUUAUUGAUACGCCUGGACACGUAGAUUUUACUGUAGAAGUAGAAAGAGCUUUACGUGUAUUGGACGGGGCAAUAUUGGUUUUAUGUGCGGUCGGGGGUGUUCAAUCGCAAACUCUUACUGUUAAUCGUCAAAUGCAAAGAUACAAUGUACCAUGUUUAGCAUUCAUAAAUAAAUUAGAUAGAAUGAGCGCUAAUCCAAGAAGAGUAUUAGAACAAAUGAGAACAAAACUAAGACAUAAUGCAGCUUUUAUUCAAUUACCUAUUGGUUUAGAAAGUAACUGUAAAGGAAUAAUAGAUUUAAUUUCUCAAAAAGCAUUAUAUUUUGAUGGCAAUUUUGGAGAAAUUGUAAGGGAAGAUGAAAUUCCUAAGAAUAUGAGAGUUGAAGCAGAUGAUACGAGAUUAGAAUUAAUUGAACAUUUGAGCAAUGUCGAUGAUGUGUUUGGUGAAUUAUUCUUAAACGAGAUAAAACCUACAGAAAAAGAUAUAAAGGAUGCAAUAAGAAGAUCCUGUUUAAAAAGAACAUUCACUCCUGUUCUCGUUGGAAGUGCUUUAAAAAAUAAGGGAGUCCAGCCAUUGUUAGAUGCAGUUGUUGAUUAUUUACCAAAUCCAGGCGAAAUUGAAAAUUUGGCUUUUGAUGAAAGCACUGGCGAUGAAAGUAAGAAAAUUGUUUUAAAUCCUAUGCGCUCUGACAAGCAUCCCUUUGUCAGUUUAGCUUUUAAAUUAGAACUUGGAAAAUUUGGACAAUUAACAUACUUUCGAUGCUACCAAGGAAUGUUGAAAAAAACAGAUUUUAUUUAUAAUACUAGAACAAAUAAAAAGGUGCGCGUAGCUAGAUUAAUUCGUCUUCAUGCAAAUCAAUUGGAAGACGUUGAUUCAAUUUACGCCGGAGAUAUCUUUGCAUUAUUUGGCAUAGAUUGUGCAUCAGGUGACUCCUUUGUUACCAAUCCAAAGUUACAGUUAUCUUUGGAAUCAAUUCACGUGCCCGAUCCUGUUGUAUCUAUGUCAAUUCAAGUAAAAAAUAACAAAGAUCGUGAAUAUUUCUCGAAAGGUAUAUCAAGAUUUACAAAGGAAGAUCCGACGUUCCACUUUUACUAUGAUACAGAUAAUAAGGAAAAUAUAGUUUCUGGAAUGGGCGAACUUCAUUUAGAAAUCUAUGCGCAAAGAUUAGAACGUGAAUAUAAUUGUCCGGUUAUACUUGGUAAACCUAAAGUUGCAUUUCGUGAAACAUUACGAGAACCAUAUAAUUUUGAUUACCUUCACAAAAAGCAAUCUGGUGGAGCGGGUCAAUAUGGACGUGUAAUUGGUAUUUUGGAGCCAUUGCCUCCCGAACAAAAUACUGAACUUCUAUUCUCGGAUGAAACCGUCGGAAUGAACAUUUCGAAACAAUAUAUACCUGGUAUUGAAAAGGGCUUCAGAUUUAUGUGUCAGAAAGGAUAUCUCAGUGGACAUAAAUUAGCUGGAUUGAAAUUUAGAUUGAUUGAUGGUAUGCAGCAUUGCGUUGACUCUUCGGAUUACGCUUUUAAUUUAGCUGCUCAAGGAGCCAUGAGAGAUGCAUUCGAAUCAGGUUCAUGGUAUAUUUUAGAGCCCAUUAUGUUAGUAGAAAUAAUAGCACCGGAAGAAUUUCAGGGUACCAUAAUAGGACAUGUUAAUAAAAAGCGAGGCAUUAUAGUUAACACAGACAUCAAUGAAGGAUGGUUCAUUAUAAACGCUGAAAUACCUCUUAAUGAUAUGUUCGGUUAUAUAAGAGAAUUACGAAGUUCGACCGAAGGCAAGGGUGAAUUUACUAUGGAAUAUUCAAGAUACAGUCCAUGUGGAUUAGAAGUACAAGAAAAAAUAGUUACGGAAUAUCAACAAUCUUUAGAGUUAGGAAUACAGCAAAAACGAAAUUAAGUUGAUAACAAAUUAUUAGGAUCAAUUCAGAAUUGCAUAUAUCAUACAAACACACACACACACACACACACACAUACAUAUAUAUAUAAAAGUGAUAUA